CGGGAGAAACUGAUCAGUCGGCAUCUGUUCUUGAAAUUGAAAGUUAUUUCUUACUUUUGGUGAUUAAUACUAGAAAGCGGGGAAUAUGAACGGGCAUACGAAUGGAAUACAAGAGCGGAAAAUUAAGAAGAGCUUAGUGGAUAUCAUCGCAACAGGAACAAGCUGCGUUUGGAACAAAAAGGUGAAAGACACUGAAAUAGAUAGAUUAAAGGAAGUCAUCAAUGAGAAAUACGACCUUAAAAUCGAAAGCUAUUGGGAGCUACAUGAAUGGUCUGUAAAAAAUUAUGGAAAAUUCUGGGAAGAAGUAUGGAAUUUCUACGGCGUGAUCCAUUCAGCACCCUAUCAAGAGACCGUGAAGAAUGGUAAAGGAUUUAUCGACAUCGAGUGGUUCAGCGGCGCUCGCCUCAACUUCGCCGAAAAUAUGCUGCGAUUCAGAAAUGACGAGAUCGCCAUGAUUUGCAUUGAUGAAGAAGAAAACGAGGAGUACGUGACCUACAACGACCUCCACGAUGAAGUGCAGAGAUACGCCGCGGCUUUCAAGAAGAAUGGACUACAGAUGGGAGACCGAGUUGCCUGUUAUAUGUCAAACAGAAAAGAAGCAGUUUACGCCCAUCUAGCGGCGGCAAGCAUAGGUGCUAUCUGGGGUGGCCCCUUGCCUUUUUAUGGAGACCAGGCUGCUUCUAAAAUUAUCCGACCAAUGCUGCCAAAGUUCCUCUUCACAGUCGACAGGUUUCUGGAUCUCAAAGUAGAGAAAUCUUUAAUGCAAAAUAUACCAGUUAUAUGCAAAGGUCUUGACUGCCUGGAAAAAAUAAUUAUAUGUCCGAGCAGAGAAGAAACACUGUCUUACAACAUAAAGCAAUUAGAUCCCAGAUGUUGCUUCUUGGAAGACUUCUUGAAGACUGGCAAGAACGCCGACGGAUCCCUGCCUCCUUUGACGUUCGAACAGUUGCCUUUCAACUAUCCCAUCUGCAUCAAUUUCACUUCGGGAACGACUGGUUAUCCGAAAGGACUCAUCCAUGGAUGUGGAUCAUUCCUGCCCCUAUUGAGGGAUUUUGGUCUUCAUUGUAACUUGAAGAGAGGAGAUGUUGUACUCACUCCUUAUCCGGUGGGCUGGAAUCUGUGGAAUCUUUUCAUCGCCAAUUUCGCCUUAGGAGUCACGGUGGUGUUGUACAAUGGCUGUCCCUUCUAUCCCGAGAUUGGAUUCUGGGAGCUCUUGGACAAGUACAAAGUGGCUUACACUUUCCUAGCCACCAGCGUCGUCGACAAGAUGGAGAAGAGCAACGUCGUGCCAGGUCCAGACUGCACAAUGGAACAUCUGAAGAUGUUGACUAUUGGCGCAAGUCCCGUGAAAUUGCAAAAUUUCGAUUUCAUCCUCAAUCACGUUAAGAAAGAUGUUUUCCUGAAUUGCCUUUAUGGUGCAACUGAAGUGAUCGGUGUGUUUUCCGGAUUUGAUUUCAACACUCCCGUGUAUAGCGCCGAAAUACAAGCACCAGCAUUGGGGGUGGAUCUCAAAUGUAUUGAUGCACAAGGAAAUCCAGUCGUCGGGCAGAGAGGAGAACUAGUCAUCGGCACUCCUAAUCCAGCCUUCCCCGUCGCAGUUUGGAACGACCCACAAGGACGAAAAAUUGAAGAUCUCUACUUGACAAACGUUCCCGGCAUGUGGUGUCAAAACGACGAAUGCUGGAUUGAUCCUAAAACUCGAGGCAUUGUCAUCAUAGGAAGAACCGAUGAUGUGUUAAACCCAAAUGGAGAGCGAUUUUGCAGUUCCGACAUCUAUUCUGCAAUUCAUACGAUGGAAGAGUUGCAAGAUUACAUCUGCGUCGGCCAAGACAAUAGCGUGGGGGACCAAAGAGUCGUGCUGUUCGUCAAGGUUAAGCCGGCGUACACUUUUACGGAAGAAUUAUCUCAGAAAAUCAAGGACCAAAUUCUUGAUCAGCUGACUGAUGAACAUGUGCCCGCUGUGGUUUUAGAGUGUCAGGAUGUACCGUACAAUUUGAAUGGAAAAAAGAUGGAACGACUCCUGAAAACUAUCCUAACAACGAACGAAAUUCCCGAAUCUCACAACAUAAAGAAUCCAGCUUGUCUGCCUGCUUACGUUGACAUCCCAGAGCUUCAAGAUUACUGAAAGGUGUCCCAGAAAGAUUUGUUUCCAGAAAUAACACAUUUUUCCAAUACGAGUGAAUCAUAUGAAUUGAAAUAUUUUUUAGCAAAAACUGAAGAACUGAACAUUGGUUUCUGAUAAUCUUAGAAGAGACUGAAAAUGUAUAAGUAUUUAUAAAUAUGUUUGUAAAAAUGUCGGAAACUUCGUACUAAAAUAUGCGAAGCAAAAUGGCACAGCGUAAUUAAAAGUACAAACCAUAAAGACUAUAGAGAAAAAGGCUCACAACAACAAGUGAACAAUAAAGCAGAGCAAGCCGGUCUUGUUGGCCAUUCAUUCCGUCUCUUGCCGUAUUUUUAUGUUCACUUGCCCAUUUUCGUAAUUGUUGUAAUCUCUGUUUUGCACUGAUGAAGAGACUCGUUUUAUUACCCACGAAACAAUUGUGUGCAAAUUUUAUUUAUCUUUUCGUCUUUUUUGUUUGCGCUUUUAAUUACAUUGUGACAUUUUGAUUCUCAUAUGGGAGGCGAAACAAGUUUCAACCAUUUUUACGUCCCAUAUAUCCUAGGAAUUCAUUUGAAUCUAAUGCUCUUUUCGUCAGUUUUGAUAUUCUUUUGUAUGAACCAACAUGAAUCCAGGAUGAUUAUGUUGAUUUGGGAUUUGUUUGUAAAAGGUAUGGGUCAUAGUCCACUGCGACGUCUCUUUUAUGUCAAGUGACACUGUCAACAAAACCACAGGUUUUUCGAAAAGGAACACCAAGAACUUAAAAAAAAUAAUACUGUUGGCUCUCUUUUUAACGACUUUCAAGGGACCACAAAAAAUCGUCCUUAAAUAGAAUGCUUUUGAAACUACAGUGAAGCAUCCGGGACCAUGAAAAGUCGUCUUUAAAUAGAGAAAAUCGUUAAAUAGAGCGUCGUAAAACAGAGAGCCAACUGUACUAAUUAUAAUCAAAUACUUAGGACUGCGAAUCACGACAUGUAUGAUCUGGCUCUUGUAACUUCGAACUCCGAUAGCAGAAGUAUUAAACAAUGCCGUUUGUUCUCUCCACACUACACUGAACUCGUCCAAAGUCAAAGUCUUGUUCUCAGAGCCACAUUAGAUCGCUAAGCUACACAUCCAUUCCUUCAUACUGCCGUGUGCAGGUAAACGGCAGUAUCUGCGGAAAUGAGUUUUCGAGAUAUUUGAAGAAACGCGUUUUGGACUCAAUACUAAUAAUAGGGAAAUGUUGGAAUUAGACGUCUUUUUCGCGCCUUUUUUUUUUAUCGCGGAAACCAAAUGCGAGCUUGUACUAUAAAGAUAACGUACAAUAGAUGACCCAAAAAAAAAAAAAAAAAAAAAAAAAAAAAAAAAAAAAAAAAAAAAAAAAAAAAAAAAAAAAAAAAAGAAAAAUGAAAAAAAAAAUGAAAAAAAAAAUGAAAAAUUUGCAGUUACUGCCCUUUACCUGCACACGGCAGCAUAAGUCUCAAGAGUGCAAACAGAAAUAUUCAACCAAAAAUAAUUUUGCCCAAAUCCUAAAUGUGUAUUUAGAGUUUCUUGACAUAUUAAAGUGAUGAAUCAAUACGUGAGCACAGUAUACGAACCUUGCUGACCUAUACCUAUAAGCAGGCCAGUCAUUUUGGGGGGACAAUAGAGGGCAAUUGCCUCUCUUUGAGAUAUAUGUUUUAGUUUGCAAGUGGAAGCGUUUUUCCUUUGUUGAUUUUCAAUGCAAAAUGUAGUGCCUCUUUGCCCUUUCUCUGGAAAAAUGUGAAACGACGGAUAUUUAAGGCAUCUUCAGUCAAGAAAGUCGUCUUUCAUAUGGUUCCAACAGAGGUGACGAAUUCAAAACUUAAUGUCCCAUAUCGAUUUUAGACUGAUUUUUUUUUUUAAAUCUUUAUUCGAAAGUUGGACUGCGGAUGAAUUAUUAACGUUCCAUAUCGGAUUUAAAUCUGUUUUUGGUAAAAAUCUUCAUUCGAAAAUUGAACCGCGUAUGAAUUGUUAAUCCAUAUCGGAUUUAGAUCCAUGAUUAGUAAAAAUCUUCAAUAGAAAAUUGGACUGCGGAUGAAUAGUUUGUGGUUUAAUACGCGAUGUGUGAUAACCAUUUGUCAAUUAACUCUAGGUAGGUUACAUUACAAAAUGGAAUAUUUCCAUUAGACUAUUAUCGUAAACAGUCCAAAAGACUCAAAAGUACAUCUCAACUGUAUAGGACUGUGUUGUUUUUUUCUUCGUUAAAACUACGGUGAAAUAAGUUGAUUUAUGAGGUUAAGAACGUUUUUCUUACAAAUUAAACUAUAAAAUCUUACUUUUGUAGCUUUGCUCAUUUGUCUUCUAUCAUUCUUCAGGAACUAGUAGACAAGUAUUCUCAUAAAAAUCCAGCAGCAGAUUAGACUCGACGCAAUGCUGUAAAUAAAAAAUGUUUCGUCAUUGAAUUAAAAUUGGACAUUUGUUUUGUCAAAAAUGUUCAUUGUUUUAUUCAAUACAUUUUAAUUGAAUUAAAAUACUAUGAAAAAUAUUUUAGUUUGAUUAAUUUAGCCAUAAAAAAUCCGAAGGCUCUUUCUUUUCUCUUUUUUAAAGACUAUUUCUGUUAAUAUAUUGCAAACAACUCGCUUACAUUAGCAAACCAAAAUUGAAUUUAAAAAUAUCAAAAAUUUAGUAAAUUAUCAACAUGAAAAUAAAAAUUAAAGUUUAAGUAAACAAGAAUUAGUUACAAUACGCUGAAUUUUAGCAACCAAGAUAAAUAACAUCUCAUCUAAAUUUAAAAAUCUAUAACAUAUAAUAUUAAAUCUAAAUAUUAAAAUCUAUGAGUCGUGUUUUUUAUUGCAUUGAUUUUUAAGUAAUGCUUAAACAAUUAGUUUUAAGUGUUGAUAUUUUUUAAAGUCAUAACAUCGUUUUCGGAAAGGAGAUAAAGUAAAGAUAAGCUUUAGAAAUUUAACAAAACAUACCGACUUGUCUUUGUGAUCAACUAAGUAUAGUUCAUAACGUAUAUAAUUAUUCAUUGUAUUUUAAAAGUAAAUUCCUAUUUUUCUUUGUUGUAAAGUAUAUUUUUUAUAUAUUAAAGCUGAAUAUCUAUUUUUGAUAAGAAAUAACGUUCGAAUUUUUGCCCUAGAAACAUUGAGUGCAUUUAAAAAAUUAACAUGUGAUAAUGCUAGGAGUGCAAGUGCUGCUAGCAUAAGAAGUGUUCAUUUUUUGUUUUUAUAUAUUCUUUGUAAUUUUAUAUGUAUACAAAAAAGUAUUUUGAUGAUUGCAAUAACUUAUUUUUAUACUGUGGUACAAUCGCAUCUUUUAUGUAACUGAUUUCGUCGAAAGUUUUUUAUACGCUUAUAAUUAAACUUAUUUUAUACAAAAUAAUCGGAAAUUCUUAGAUUUAGUGAGUGAUCGCAACGUUUUAUGAAUUGAAAAUUAAAUUUUUUAAUUAAAUAUAUUUUUUAAAAAGUAAUGUUUUAUGAUCGGCUUUAUUUACUCAACGUUAUUAAACCUCUUAGAAGCUUGAUGGCACGUAAACAGCAAAACACAGCUUAAGUGUUUUAACUGAAAUAAGUUAAUUUAAUUAACUACUGAGUUUUAAAGAUACUUUUGAUCAUACGCAUAAGCUGAUAGUGUAUCUCUUAUCUUAGCAUAUAAGGUUAUUGAAGAGAAGAAUUUUAAAAUGAUCUUAAUGGUAAUGAGGUUAUGAUUGAGUUUUAUGUUUUGAAGUUUUGAAGAAUCAAAAUACUUUUCUUCUUAUUUGAAACAAAAAAAUGCAUUUAUUUAGUUUUUGUAAAGCUAAGAUAAGCCUACAAAACUUUCUUAACUAUUUUUGUGAGCAUAUUGCUUUAAUGUUUAAGAAUAUUCUGUACAUUACUGUUUGUAAAUAAAACGAUGUACUUA